AUGGUUACCACUUUCAACGAAGACCUGUUUUCUCCUGAGGUCGUGCAAGAUCCUUACACGUAUUUCGGGCGUAUGCGGGAACAGGACCCGGUGCACUGGAAUGAUGCCUAUAAGCUGUGGGUAAUUUCCAAGUACAAGGACUUGGUCUGGGUUACGCGCCAUCCGGAAUUUUUCUCCUCUGAAGUAUUCCACCGCGACCCGCUGCCCCCGUACCCUGACAUCGACGAGUCCGACAUGGGGCUUUAUGAGUACGUGAAGGAGUUCUUCUCUCAGUGGUUCAUCCAGCACGACCGCAAGGAAAUAACAGUCCACGAUGGGCCCGACCAUACUGACAUGCGCAAGGUCAUCCACGGCUACUUCACGCCGAAGGCCAUGGAACUCUGGCGCCCACUGGUGCAGUCGGCCAUCAACCAGCUGCUUGACGAAGCGGAAGACCGUGGCAGCAUGGACGUGAUGCGCGACUACGCCACUCCGUUACCUCUGCUGGUCAUUGCCGCGAUGAUGGGCAUCGACACCUCCGACCGGCAGUUCAUCCGCUCCCUGGCUGAGAAACUGCUGUUCAUCGGUCGCGGUAACAACGACCGGAUGCAGCCCUUGACUGAAGGCAUCGUGGGAUUGCAGGAAUAUCUGGCCCCCAUGGUCGCUGAGCGCGUCAAGAACCCGAACGGCGACUUGCUCGACCGCAUGACUGACGCCUACCGCGUCGGCGUGAUGUCCCAGGAGCAGGUGGUAGCCAACUCCAUCCUCCUGCUGCUCGCCGGACACGAAACCACCAUCAACCUGAUCUGCAACGGCACCCGGGCUUUCAUGACCCACCCCGACCAGUGGGAACUGUUCAAGUCCGACCCGGACGCCCGCAUGAUCCGCGCUACCGAGGAAUGCCUUCGGUACGACCCGCCCGUCAAGUCCAUCACCCGUAUCGCCGGUGAUAACCUGGAGCUGGGCGGCAAGCAGAUCAACAAGGACGAACGGAUGCGGUGGUUCGUCACCAGCGCCAACCGGGAUCCCGAAGUGUUCGACCGGCCGGACGAUUUCGACAUCGAACGGUAUCCGAACCCUCACGUGGCCUUUGGUAGCGGAAUCCACCACUGUCUGGGCGCCACGCUAGCGCGACUCGAAGGACAGGAAGCCUUCAGGUCCCUUGCCCAGCGGUUCCCGAACAUCAAUAUGGACUGUAACCCGGCCGACCUGACUUACACGUCCAGCAUCACGUUCCGCACGCUGGAGCGGCUGCCACUGAAUCUGUCGUAA